AUGAUGAUAAAUUUUCUCAUAAAAGAAGUUAAUGUAAAUCAUAAAAGGAAUGAUCAUAAAAUUGAGAAUGUAGUUAUUCAAGGUUCUUAACUCAAUAUAGGAUUAAUUUAUUGUUAAUAUUGCUUUUUAUAGAAUAACAAUAAUAUCAAUUAUCAGUAUUCCUUGAAUCUAAUGUAAUUCUUAGAAGAUGUUUUCAAUUUAUUGUUUAAAUUUUUAGUUUAUUUUCAAAUGAUUAAUAUUAAUAAUUUAAUUGUAAUUAACAUUUGAUACUAAAUCAAUAAAAAAAGACAUUAUUUUUGGAAAAUUAAUAAAUUUAUUUUGGAAAUAGAAUCUGCUUUGUUCUAUCCUGAAGAUUUUAUCGACGAUUUUUUGGAAAUAGCCAUUUCUAAAGAAUAAACAGAUUUUAGAUUAAUUAAAUAAUUUAAGGAUACAUAACAACACUUUAUACCAUAUAGAUCCUAUAUAAGCUUACUCCCAAAAGUCACAUAUUGAAAAAAAUUUCAUUCCUAAUCUGAUUAUAUUUACUAAUAAAAAAUUUCUUCUUAGUUUCUUGCAAUUUUAGGAACCAAUAAUAUUACAAUUUAUGAUAUAAAAAGUGGAAUUAAAUUCAGCAUUAUAAAUGUAGGAUAUUAAAAUAACAAUAUUUAAUUAUUUUCAUUUACCAAAGAUCAAAAUGACUUGAUAUUGGCAUCAGACAAGCCUAUAUACUACUUAAUUUAUAAUAUGAAAGAAAAGUAAAUACAAUAAAUGUAGAAUUCAUAAGAAUCAUUUAUUGAAUGUAUUAAUUACAAUAACUAAAACUACUUAUUUUUUUAUGAUUAAUGUUUCAAAAUCUUGUCUUAGAACAAUAAACAUUUUGUGAUUGUAAAAUUUUCAAACAAUUUUCCUAUUUAGAUAAUACUAUUUAAGUAGUCACGUUUUAUAAUUAAAUUGAAAGAAAAUGGAAAAACCUAAUUAAGUAUUUGUAAGGAUGUAAUGUCUUUUUAACUUUUUUCAGAAUUUUCAAUUUACAUAACAAUAUAUUUUAGAUAAAUAUCUACAAAAUCAAUCCUAGAAAUACUAAAAUUUGUUAAAUUACAAAAAAUUUAAACUUCAAUAAAUCAGAGCAUCAAGAAUGAUUCGCUUAUAUUAUAAAUUGAUAUCAAAUUCAAAUAAAUUGAUAAGAAGGAUUUCUUCUUAAGAUUAAUUUAUUAGGGAUAUUUAUUUUAUAUCUCAAGAUGAAAGCUAUAUAGUAUCAUUUAAGUUAUCUUUUUAUGAAAUUUCAACUGGAAAAAUAGCUUUCGAAAUUAGACCAGAUGGAAGUGAAGAGGUUUUAGAUGUGAAAGUAGGGGAUGGGUAAAUAAAAAAUUUUAACCUGGGAAAACAUUUAUCUAUAUGA